GGGAAUCAUUUAAGCGACGCAACUUCCGGUCCGCAUGUUCGUCGCUGCGUCGUGACAAACAACAGAACGUUGUUUAUUGUUAAAAUAUUAGUACAUAUACAUAUUUAGUUGACGUAAACAUGAAGCUUCUUACGCACAACAUGCUGACAUCUCAUGUGAAGGGUGUCACCAAAGGAUAUCCGCUGCUAAUUAAGGCGACGGAGGUGAAGGUAAACGAGGUGGACUUUAACCCUCAGUUCGUCAGCCGCAUGAUCCCCAAGCUGGAGUGGAGCGCUCUGCUUCAAGCUGCGGACGAGUUGGGUCAGCGACAAGACCUGCCGGGUGAACUGGUGGCUGACUUCGAGAACAAUGAAGAUUUCCUCAAGAAGGUGCACCGGGUUCUUUUGGAGGUGGAAGUUAUAGAGGGCUGCCUGCAGUGUCCCGAGUCAGGACGACAGUUCCCCAUCUCCAAAGGGAUCCCCAACAUGCUGCUGAAUGAAGACGAGGUGUAGACACACGUACAUAUUAUAAGACUGAAGUGUGUGAACUGUGGGUUGGCUCGAUGACAAUAUGCUCCCAUCAUGAUUUUUUUACUUUAUACCUUUAAAAUGGUCCAAAACGGAGAUUAUACUCUUCAUUGUUUUAUCUGUAUGUAUUUUUGUAAUCCCCCCACCCCCCAAUAAAUCCAGCUGAGCUUCCCUGGACAGCCAGAAGCACUAUUAA